AGGAAGACUUCGUGGCUGUGGUAACUAGUGAAGACCGCAGUCAAGCUAACAACAACUGAUCAAACAGGUUUAAAAUAUGUUCACAUCGAAUGAACGAACUACGAAUAACUUCAACAACGGAGAAAAUUGAGAUAUUUUCUGCAAGAGUGUCCAGUGACUAACUACUAACUAGUGAACUACAUAUUAUGAUGCCAUGGAGGAUAGGAAGCUGAAGAGAAAGAUUUCCAGGCCCUCCACCAACCAGGCCCCUGCCCCACCAACCAGCACCCGGAAGAACACCGCCUCAGGACGGCAUCUGGGCUUCAGCCACAUGGGUACACACUCCAGCCAGAAGGGGAAGAGCCGCAGGGGUGUGAAGGCCAGACCGCAGCAGGCUUCAGGCAGUAAGGCAGGCCAGAGCCAGGCGGACCCUGUCCAACACUCCUUCCUGACGGACGUCUCCGAUGUGCAGGAGAUGGAGAAAGGACUGCUGAGCCUUCUCAAUGACUUCCACAAUGGAAAACUACAGGCCUUUGGUAAUGAGUGUUCUAUAGAUCAGAUGGAACAUGUGAGAGAGAUGCAGGAGAAGUUGGCUCGGCUACACUUUGACCUUUAUGGGGAGGUGGACGAGAUGCCUGAGGACCAACGGAAGACCGCCUGCGACUCCAACAUGGACAAACUACUGCUCAACCUUGAGGAACUGAGUUCAUCAAUUCAGAAGCUGAAUCUGGCAGACAGCCAGGAGAUACCCAGGACAGCCAGCAUUUAAGUCGGUCUGCAGUCAAGUCUCAUCUCCUUGUCUCCUAACCUCCUCUCCUUAUUUGAUUUCCUUAUCCUCUAAAUUAAUUUCCUUAUAUGCCUCUUCUCUUCUCCUCUCCCCCCACCCUCUUCUCCUCCCACCCUCUUCUCCUCCCACCCUCUUCUCCACCCUCUCCUCUUCUCCACCCUCCCCUCUUCUCCCCUCUUCUCCACCCUCCCCUCUUCUCCACUCUCCUCCACCCUCCCCUCUUCUCCACUCUCCUCCACCCUCCCCUCUUCUCCACCCUCCCCUCUUCUCCACCCUCCCCUCUUCUCCACUCUCCCCUCUUCUCCACUCUCCCCUCUCCUCCACUCUCCCCUCUUCUCCACUCUCCCCUCUCCUCCACCCUCCCCUCUUCUCCUCUCCCCCACCUUCCCCUCUUCUCCUCUACCCUGCCCUCUCCCGUCCCCUCCUCCCUCGUCCCCUCUUCUCCUCUACCCUGCCCUCUCCCGUCCCCUCUUCUCCCCCUACCCCCCCCCCCCCUCUCUUCUCUUCCCUCUCCUCUCCUUGGGGCUAGGGGUUUAUGGGAUUGGGCCUAAUCACCAUCCUCCACUUAUCUGUCGAACACACUGCAAACACAGUUGCACAUAUUUGUGACUUUGUUUAAAGUGGGAAACUCCCUGCACAUAUCCACAUGAGUGUCUGGACAAAUGUUGAUGCCUUUUUAUUUGUUGCCUUUUUAUUGUUGCCUUGGUUUGAACCAGUGUUACAUUGAGAUAUAUAUUUAUAUAUAUAUAUUUGACCUUCUCCUACACAUAUUUGUCUUCUAUGCAGUUGGAAUGCAAUAAUCAUAUUUGAAACUGCUUGAUUGUCAACCUUUUAUUUAGAGUAAUCCUGUACAUUACAGAUUGGGGUUUUAUUGUUAAUUAAUGUGGUUGGGGUGGAUUGUUCUGAUUUAUUUUCCUCAGCUUUAGGAAAAAGUCAAUAAAGAGAAUUCUAAUGACUUGAA